AAAACACGCGUAACCUAUCCGGGGAUCUACCCAAAUGGCAGGUCAGCGUUACCCUCGCGGAAUGCUACCUAAAAUCGGAACGAGAAUGUGGUGUGUUGUACAAGCUUUUAGAAUCGAUUGGUAUGCGUAGCCUAGCUCUCACCCACACAAAGAGAUGCUCUCUUCAGCGCAGUCACUCGCUCGCAGCAGCUGCCUGUGCUAUUCUACCUAAUUGAAGCAGCGACGUAAUCAGUAUCAUCAUCAUCACCGCCAGUGGGUGACUGAGUGGGUGUCAAAACGAAGCACAUUUAAAAACGGUCGAGGAGAAUUUGCAAGCAUUGCUCCCGAAAGCAAGUAAGUCGUUCGUUGCCCGUGGACAUCGCUGGCAGCAUCCCCGCCGGAUGGGGCGGUCAUAGGACGAGGUGCUGCAGACGGCUUUCUCUUGCUGGACUUUGUGGAGAGGGAGAGAGAUGCUGCUAUCCAACGCGCCGAAUUCCUGGAUCGGGCGAUUCAGCAGAAGAGGCAGCCGAAUGACACACAGCUGUUGCGAGGGUGUAGGUUGUCGGACUGGUGACAUCCCCUAAACAUCCAGCUCCCCCCUCCCUUCCUCCUCCUCCUCCUCUUCCUCCUCUUCCUCCUCCUCCUCACCCUACCUUCCUCCUCCUCCUCUUCCUCUUCUAUCUCCUCCUCCGCUAUCUGCUUCCACUUUCACUCUCUCGCUCGCUCGCUCUUUGCAACCCCGCAAUCACCAUGACGUCCACCCUGGCGACGCUAUUGGCCAAGUCCAAGGUGGACCUGCCCACUCCGGAGGUUGGCACCGAGCGAUUGGGCGGCUGCGAGGAGGAGCGGCGCUAUGAGGUGGUGCCCUCCGUGGUGUGUUCCAUGUGCUGCCUCUUCGGAAUCAUCUACUGCUUCUUUGGCUACCGCUGCUUCAAGGCGGUGAUGUUCCUGACGGGCCUGAUGUUCGGCUCGGUCAUCAUCUUCAUGCUGUGCUACAAGGAGCGCGUGCUGGACACCCAGCUGAGCGUGGAGGCCUCGGUGGGGAUCGGCCUGGGCAUCGGGACACUGUGCGGACUGGUCACCAUGCUGGUGCGCAGCGUGGGACUCUUCAUGGUGGGGCUGCUGCUGGGGCUGCUGGCCGGCGUGGGCACGCUGGUGGGCAUGGAGGAGCUGUCGGGCUCCCCUCCGCGCACCGUGUGGGUGCCCCUGGGCGUGCUGCUGGGGCUGGGCAUGCUGUUCGCCGUGCUCACCCUGCAGUGGCAGCGCUUCUUCGUCACCCUCUCCACCGCCUUCUUCGGCGCCGCCGUCAUCGCCGUGGCCGUCGACUACUUUGUGGAGGUCUUUGCGCUGGUGCGCUAUGUGCUGGAGAGGGUCAAGGCGCACCCCCGAGCCCGGCCCGUGUGCUGGGUCACCUGGGUGGUGCUGGGGGUGUGGCCUGCCCUGGCGCUCCUGGGGGUGCUGAUACAGUGGAGGGUUACGGCCGAGGGAUACUCACACACUAAAGUGGUGAUCAGCCGGCAGCAGCGCCGCGUGCAGCUGAUGCGUAUCCGCCAGAAGGAGGAGCGGCGCGAGAGCGGCAGCCGCAGCAAGAAGAAGAAGAAGCAGCCUCCUCAUCCUCACCACACGCACCCGCCCAAGGCCAUGCACCCCGAGCCCGCCUACAGACGCAAGCCGCAGCCAAUCAGGCGCUACGACGGGGACGUACUGUCUCCCAGUUACAUCCAGAGUUUCCGUGAGCGGCAGGUGGAGGGUGGUGGUGCGUACCCGGGGAGCAGGCUCUCAGGGGGCCACACCUCCGUGGACAUGGACUACGACUGUGGCUCCACCGUCCCCCUCACCGCCACCGCGGGGCCCUCCUCCAACCUCCGCAUAUGACACCCCCCCCCACCCCAGACGACCUCCUGUGACCCCCAAACGACCUUUGACCCUUGGCCUACUGUUGAGGUGACAUCGGGAUUGUGGCCUGGGCCUGUAACCACCACGGCGGGGCCAUCCACCGUCUGCAUAUGACCCCCCCCUAAAAUGCCCUCCGCAUAUGACCCCCACAUGACCUUUCAACUUUGGCCUCUGGCUUACUGUAGAGGUGCCAUCAGGGCUCGAGCGUCCCUCUGGCAGAGGCUCACCGGGGUCUGGGGGACCAUCCAACCACUGCAUAUGAUCCCACUACCCCCCAUGACCCCCCCUCCUAGACUGAACUUUCACCUUUGACCUCUGGCUUACAGGUGCCAUCAGGGCUCACAUUGUGGUGGAGUCAACAGUGUGGCCCUCUGACUUGGCUGGCAGUGUAGAAGAACUGACGGGUU